AGACACAGGAGAGGGGGGAUUAGUCACAUCAUCUUGUACAUUAGCACGAGCGAGCCCCUGUUAAGUGGGGCAACACCACCCACGUGCACGUUCACGGGCAGGAUAAAAAAUCCUUCGGCGAUCAGGGAAUAUUCAGUUUUGAGCAAACCAUUAAACGAGACGAUCGAAGAAGACUGACUAUACGACUCCUGAUCCCUCGAUCGACAGGUCGCAACCGUGAGAGAUCGCAUUUGAAGUCGAGUGAUCCACAUCGAGUCGUCGGGAAUUCACAAACCGGCCGAAAACGCUUGCGAGAAAUCGCACGCUCGACUGGCUUCUCUCAUAUCACAACAGAGAGCUGGUUGAAAAAACGAUUAGUUUGAUUUACAUCACCCGUGACGAUCGCUCGGAAUUUGGAAAUUAAGAAAUUUCGGACGCUUUGCCGAUAUAUUUAUAUCUUUUUUGACAUCUCUCACGUCGAGAUACAUACCACCGAUUUUAUCGAGUUUCAAGGGAGACUCGAUAGAGAAAUCUCAGAAGACGAUCUAUUUUCGGUGACGAAAUAAUCGAUCGAUGAAAAGAACUUGAACUCACGCCGAUUUGUUUGCUGUUUUCUCACCUGCAAUCGUACGACCUUAGUGUCAUUUACGAUUGUGUAAACAAUCAACGGAGAUUAUUCGAAAGUAUCCUCGAAGACGAAUUGGUAAAGUGAAGAAACACGUGAACAGACAAGAAUUUAUUUUAAUCCGAUAAAGCGACUGCAUCAGCGAUAAAGAUUGCCGACUUCUGCAAGGAGUCUAAACUUUCGUGCGCGUUUUCAGUCUAGAUAGACAUAAUGCUGAUAUUCAACAGCGUCGGAUUGUGCCUGUUUGGUUUUUUCGCCUGUGUAAUCGUCAGCAUGCCGAUCGUCCAAGGUCGUAGUCCGAGACGAUACCAUCGACACCAUUACUCUCAUCCGAAUUAUUACGAUUUCGCUGAAUCGCACAAUUCGGAAUAUCACGAUUCCUAUGAGCCUGCGGAAAAACGUGGAUAUCCUCGGGAUGUCUUAAACCAUUUUUCCGGAAACGAGGAACAAAUAUUGUUUCCUCGUCGAUACAAUUUGCGAGAUCUCAUACAACAUAGGCAGAAGACGCGCAACAUCGACGCAUCAUCUUCCAUGAAGUUAGUCGCCAGACGAAAACGUCACAAUAAACACGGCGGCAAGUUGGCCUAUCAAGUCGGCUUCACUGAGCCAGACAGAGAGAUCACGCAGUGGCAACACGAUCGCGACAUGGAGAAACAACUUCGUCUCGAGUUUGAGGUGAAAGAAGCGCAGAACAAGUCCAUCUGCAACUACACCGUGGAGACGAUACCGGACACCCGGGGCUCUCGGGUACCGCGAAAUUUGGAGAACGUGAAGUGCAAUCACAUCGGCAGCGACUGCCAGGGUAGCGCCUCCUGUUGCGUGCAGACGUACAAGAACAUCGAGGUGUCUUACGGGGACGGCUACAGAGAAACGAUGAAGAUCUACGUGGGUUGUGUGUGCGCCAAUAAAGAAUUCGAUUGCGCAAAUCACCUGGCAAAUGUGACGGAGACAGUCGGUCUGUGACACACGCAUACAUAUCACUUUUUCAA